AUAUUUAUAUCCUUUCCAAACAGAUAUCUUAGAAGCAACUUAAUUCAAGACUUGCCUGACGGAAUAUUCGCCAACCUAUUUGCUUUAACAUUAAUGUAAGGUGAAUCAUUUUUUUAUGUGUAAUGGUUAAGAGUGACUAAGGCUAGAGCAAACGCUUCAUUCUUAAUAGCAAGGAUCUGAUGGAAUCAAAGUGACAGGAAGGGUUUAGCAGGUAGUAUCAUGGGAUAUUUCUACGAGUCAGCGUUUUGUUUUGGGCUAGCCCGUAGGGCGAAACAAAAUACAAAAGACGAGAUAAAAUAUCCCACGACAGUACUCACUAAACCGUCCUAUAAGAGAUUUAUUAUUCAACUCGAGGGGUAUAAGAUCAGCUCAGUAAAAGUGGGUCCUCUACAUAACGAGAAUGCGUUACACACUAACGGGACUCCUUUACAAGUCCAGUUUUCGCUUUGUGCAACGUUAUUGCUCAUUGGUUGGAAGUGAAAACUUGUCAAACAGGUUUACUUAUGAAAUAAUUUUUUCGGGUUUUCGUCGAAGCUCCGAGGUCUUUCAAUCAUUUGCCGGGAAAACAAAGGUAGAAUGACAGAUAAUAAUGAGGCUUAUGAUAGUCUCUCGGUUUUUACGUACAACCGACUUUAAGUAGAAAAAAAUGACUAAAGCAAAUUGCGAUAGAGAGAAGAAAAAUGUUCCACAAAUGCAAGGAGUUUCAUGGAGCUACUCGUAAACAAAGGACUUUAAAAUUUAUCGUCGCCACUUUGCUUCUUACUUAUGGCAAUUCGGCCACGAGAGCUUUACUUUUGACCGUGGCUUAGUACAUAUACUACUUUGACAGUCAUGUGACCGCGUUCUUCUGUCCGUUUAGCAGUUUGUAUUACUUGGAAAGUCUUGGCAUUAGGCCCAGUUCAAACGUUAAACUUUUCAUGUACUGAACUGAAUAUUUAUAUAUUAAGGUCGACCCAAAUGAUAACAGUUCGACGAUUGAUUCAAUCGGACUCAAUUCACUUCACGAUGUACAUGGUCUACAAUUUACCAGUGAAAAUAUAGUGAUUUAUGCAUUAGGUUUGAAACAUGAAAGAAAAGUUCAACGUUUGAAACGAAGUCACUCCCUUGUCGAAAUUCCCAUGUGGGCCAUUCGAACUUUAAAUUCCUGGUCUUCCAUGAACUUAAUUAAAGGAUUAGGUUCGUUAAAUAAAAAGUUCGACGUUUCACUAUAACUAUAAGGAAGUCAGAGACCUUUCCCCCUAUUUUUGUCCUUUCGGUUGUUUUUCCAUUUUUAUUUAGGUAAAAUACUUUACGUUUUUUAAAAUGUAAAAAUACUGAACUGUAUAUCGUUUAUAACACGUUGGAGAGAGUCUGUUGUAACCGGAAAUGUUUCAUUUCACAGCGAUUUGUCGUCAAACAGAAUCAAGAACAUUACACGUGGCGUAUUUUUCAACAAUAAACUUCUUACCUUCAUGUAAGUUUAUUUUACUUUUGUCAUUUGAAAAGGAAUUAAUUAUUUAUCUUACCCGGAGUAACUAAUCCAAACAUUUCGGUAAUCGAACUAUUGAACGAUCGGUGCUAUGGAGUUUAGUGAUCGAUCAUGAUAAUAGAAGAGUGUCCGACUUCGCCUGGUUUCUGGGAACUAUGUCUUCCUUGGAUUCUCUUGAAAGUUAUGGAAUGAUGCGAGUGGAUUGCAGAUAUAGUUGAAGGUUUUCAAAUAGAGGUUGUCUGUACAAAAAUCAAGUAAAAGUCACGGUACUGUCAAUAUUUCAACUGACUUCAUAGGGCAAUUAUCUGAGUGAGGAUCGGAAAGUUUGGGGAGCAUUCCAACUGAAACCUCGAUAAAGCCCAUCCCUUUGCAGUUUGACACCAUAUUCGUGUGCAGAAAUUCUCGUUACUUAUUAACCUUUGAAGACUGAGAAAUGGAAAUAACCUGACUGGUGUAUUAAAAAAAGGAAGAAACACUUUUCUUCUGGUUUACAUAUCUUGUGAGUUAUACUCAGUCCCAAUUUUCACCCAUGUUAAUAAGCUUAACAAAUGGUUGUAAACAAGAUCGAAUGGCGAAAGGACACCACUGUAGGUUAUUGAUGUUUGGAGUUUUAUUUCUUACCUUUUUGCUCGACUUCUGGUAAUACUUAGGCUACUGUUAAGCUUGAUAGUCUUAUAAAUAGAUUAGUUUUCAAUGUAGUUCAAUGAAACUUAUGGCGUUUAUGUUUGUUAGGUCAGGUACUAGGGGUGCCAAGAAAAAUAUUAGAAUAAUUCAGUGACCACAACAUCGGUUCACUGACCACAAAUCAGUUCAAUAAUCCAAGUUUCAUUCCAUAAACUAAUCUGAACUGUACCAUAGAUUUAUAGGUGCGAUUUAAGGCAGUGGAAAGGGAAAGGGUGGUCCUUACUUAAUUAACUCAGUGGCGAUAAAUAAAAUAUCGGUACAGUUCAGUUUUCAUUGUAGUUCAAUAAGGACACAGUAGUUCAAUGACCACAACACAAGUUUUGUAAGCAACAAGCUUAUUGUGUUUCCGUUUAUUGGGUCAGGAACUAUGAAAGAGGGGAUGCCAAUGCAAGGGAAAAAGGAUUAAAUAAUUCAGUGACCACACAAUACUUUAAUGACCACAAAUCAGUUCAAUAAUCAAAGUUUCAUUCCAUUAACUAAUCUUGACUGCACCAUAGAGUACUAAGUGCUAUUUAAGGCAGUGGAAAGGGAAAGGGUGUGGGUUUUAAAGACAGUGGUGGACUGUGGACAUAUUAAAGUUGUGUUUCGUGCCAUCUCCUCGAGUUUGAUAUUGUCUUUGAAGUCGCAAAACUUGAUUUGUGAAGACAUGUCAGACUGGGAUGGAUAUAACUGGUUAUAAACAAAGAAAAUAAUGCUUCGUUUACUAAGUAAUCUUUAACAAUUCUUUUAUGAUAAUGAUGUGGGAGGAUAAUAUGCGAAUUAAGUAGUUUUCAAACGAGAACAAGGUUGAUAAAAUUGUAAUAAGUGUCAUAAUUUUUUUUAUUUUUUUAUAAAAGACGGCACAAGAAAAAAACAGACAAAAGAAAAUCAGUUAUUUCAAUCUUCUAUGUCUGAAACUGGUGGUCAUAGAAAAAAUAUUGCUUGCAGCAUGUUUACAAUCUUACUUGGAGAUAGUAUCCUUACAAAUCAAAACAGCUUGAGAGUGAAAUUAAUUUUCCUAGACAGAACGACUUGAAAACUAAAAUUACGAGGACUUUUUUGGGACUUUUAACAUUUAGGGCAUGAAUUUUUCGUCAUUGUAGGCCAUGGAGCCUAAAAAUGUGCCCCCAGCUAGCCGUAGAGAGGGGCAAUACGUCAUAGCAGGCAUAAUCAUUGGCUGAUUAAGGAAAAUUCCCUCAUCAAUGUCCGAAAAUUCUGUAUUUUAAAGCCUCCCCUCGGGCAUGACUCAGCAACUGAGGACAUUUCUGCUAUGUUUUUAAUUUUGGUUAGCAUGCAAGGAUUUUUCCCAUGCCUAUUGUCAAUGAUUUGCUCACUGGUAAUAGAGGGACUGACGCCAGAGUUUUUUUGUUGUCUUUGCAUUUAAAUUGGCAUGCAACGGAAAUUUGCAUGCCCUUAAGCAUAUUUUGAGGUUCCGUGACCUUCUCACCAGCGCCGAGAGAAGCCUAGGUUCUAAUAAGGAAUUCAUACCCAGCAUGUCCUGCGUGCCAAAAUCUCCGGCCUGCCGGGCAUGCCGGGCAUGUCAAAGUCUGCGGCACGUCGGGCAUGCCAAAAUCAGUCUCUGGCAUGCUCUAAACGCACAGGUUAGUUCCUUGAAUAUUACAGCUAUUUUAAGCCUGGCCAAAAAAAAAUAAACAGAUCGCCGUGCUUAUCUUUUGAUGUACAGGUUAUAGGUCAUUUACACGAUUACGUCAUUGCUAUUCCUUUCAUUUUUAUAAAUUUGGUAAUCCCAACGAAGUUUAAAUAACAAAAGCUCUAAUUUACAUAAGAAAGCAAAACGUUGAAGGAUUCUGGUUGUAGUAAUAAAAUAGCUUCGUCGUGCAGAUGACCCCUUUGGGGAUGGUAGAUCUUUGAAUGCAAGCGAAGUAUUUUAUUUUUUUGCAUAAAUAAUGUCGUUUUGUUGUCUUUUUUUAAUAAAUCCAGCUUGUUCAAGAACUUCUGUCUUCAGUUUUUCCAGUCGAUCCCGUGACAUAAUCGUUGAUUAAUGAUUAAUUUUGCGCCAAAAACGAAACGCAACGUAUGUAUCUGGGACAUCCCCAGAAAUCUCGAACGAAAUUUCGACAAAUUUUUCGUGCCAAUUACAUGAAUAUGUUUCGUUAAUGGUUGAAGCUGCUGUCGCAUCCGGUCUUGUACGGGCUCAUUGUCACGAUACACAUACACGACAGUAUUUACAGUAAAAAAAGGUGGCCACUGAACGAAAAUAUUGUCGAUUGUUCUGAAAUGUGUUCAAAAUGGAUGAAAUUAUCUCUCGAACGAGAGGUUUUGCAUGAAGUUUUGACGAUUUUUCGGGGAGAUAUUGCAAAGCGAACAUCACUAAACUUUAGCCUUGGAGUCCAUACUGAAAUGUACGGUGUUUUCAAAGUUAAAAACCGAAAGAAUUUUUAAUCGGCAAGUAUAAAAUGUAACUGGAAGGAAAACAUUGAGUGUUCCGACUGCAUUUCCGAUACCCCUAAAGGUAAGUAGUAUUCAGGUUAUAGCAUUAUAAAGUGAAAAUUCUUGCGUUCUGCGUUAAGUAAGGUCGUAGAAUAUAUACUCUUCAAAUCUCGAACACCGAACCGAAAUUAAGGGUUCUAAUGACAAUUGAUCGAGGCUUACAAACAAAGACCGACUGUACGCAAUCAAAAGUAGUUAUCCCCAAAGCCGAUAAUUUGAAAACCUUUUCAGAGAACAGAUUAACAAAAAAUGUCCUAUAUGUCUUCUUCUUCUCACUUCGUAACUGCGCAUGUCGGUUCAAAAUUUCUGGCGAUGACUCUCUUCCCUACCCUCUGUACGGGCGGACGUGUACGUUGACGUCAUAACCAAAUUUUCUGGCAUCAGGUAGCCGUAAGAUGGCCAAGCAGGGACUCUAGACGCUCAAGCCAGUCAGAGUUUCUAAAAAUACGUGUAGAUCUAAAUACAUCACUUCAACAAGUGCUUUGCUGUGCUUGCUACGACCUCGGAUCUCGACCAGCAAAAUGCUCAAGAUCAAGUUGAAGGUUUUCAAUAUCUUUCCGGUGUUUGAAGUUGAUGUCGUUUCGAAUAUAUGCACCGGCACCACCGCCUUUUAUUGAUUCACGGUUCCGAAAAACUGUACUAUAACCCGGCACAAACACGAAGUCCAGUAAGGAGGGAUUGUCUUUCAGCCUCGUCUCGCUUAGUGUUAUAACAUUCAGUGGAUAUUCAUUAAUCGUAAUAACGAAUUCAUCACACGUCGAGACCAUGCUCUAGGUAUUAAAGGUGCAUAAUCCGUAAACACUACAUUUGACACUCUGUUGAUUUAGCCUAACUGUUUUUUCACAUUCCUCACAUUUUGCGGACUUCCGUUUAGCAAGAGAUCCGGUAUUCACGGAGAUGUCUCCGCCACGCAGAAGGGUCUGGCGGGAUGUACUGGAGUUAGCGUAGUAUAAGCAAGGACAAUGAGUUCUUCUUGGCUUUUGGUGGAUGAAUCGACGGCUUCUGGGAUAAAUUAAAGAAAACACGUAUAAGCCAUUGUAUUUCCGUACGUUGACGAACAUUUGCAUGUCGGUCCUGCAUCAGUGAGCUCAGGGAACAAUAAGGCUUGAUCAGACAAUACAAAACAUGGUUGCAAAAGUGUGUCAUUAGCAUUGCAAAUUCUUUGCGUUGGUUUGGUCAAGUUCAAGUACUAUGCGAGAAACAGACUUCCAAGGCUGUUUCUAGAUAGAUGGAUAGAUAGAUAGAUAGAUAGAUAGAUAGAUAGAUAGAUAGAUAGAUAGAUAGAUAGAUAGAUAGAUAGAUAGGUAGGUAGGUAGGUAGGUAGGUAGGUAGGUAGGUAGGUAGGUAGGUAGGUAGGUAGGUAGGUAGGUAGGUAGGUAGGUAGGUAGGUAGGUAGGUAGGUAGGUAGGUAGGUAGAUAGAUAACAAUUUUAUUUUAGCACGAUAAGAAGAUCAACAUUGCUGGUGGGCAUAUAACAGUUACAAGAAAAAUAAGAAGUACUGAAAACAAAUGUACAAUUAAAAAUUAAAAACUGUUAAAAAUAUUUGUAACCGACAUCUCUGUUUUCAGUUGUAGCUAAAAUAGGUUGUGCAAAUGUACAAUUAAAAAUAAAAACUGUUAAAAGUAUUGGUAACCGAUAUCUCUGUUUUUAGUUGUAGCUAAAAUAGGUUCGAAAUUCAUUUUAUCACUAUAAAAUUUUGCAAGACAGCGUUUAAAUUAUUUCAAGGUUUUAGCCCUGGUUUCCUUGUUCGUGAAACUGUCCCAUGCGAUUGAUCCUGUAUAGCGUAUAGAUUUUCUUAGAAAAUUCAUUUCUGGUCUUGGAAGAAUGCAUGAUGUUUUCAUUUCUUCUGCAGCCUAAAUUCCUCUUUAAAAAACUCUUUAAAUAACCUUUUAUACAUUUGAAGAAAAACUCCGCUAAUCGCAAUUUGUACAUUGUUUCCAGACUGUCCCAUCCAGUUCGCGUUAAGACUCCAUCCGCGCUGGUGCCCCAUGGCAACUCAUAUAUAAUUCGUCCAGCCCUUGCAUGGAGUUUCUCCAGGUUGUUUAUGUGCGUCUUGUUGCACGAUCCCACACUGUCAGACCGUAUGUAACUGAUGGCAUUGUCACUUUCGUGUAAAAGUCUUCUAAUUGCUUCCGACGGAGGCAUCGCAUGCGUUGGAGUAAACUUAACUUGGAUGCGAAUGACGUCGCUACAUUUGCAGCAUGAUCUGACCAGGAUAACUUGUUAUCAGACUUGUUAUCGACUUAUACUCCAAGGAGUCUUUCUGAGGUUGUCCACUUGAUGAUGUUGUUGCCAAAACGAAGAGCUUGGAUAAGGCCAGUAAAUGUUGGUUGCCGCUGGAUUAUCAUUGCCUUACAUUUUUCUGGGUGUGGUACCAUCAGAUUUCUGUCGCACCAUUCCUGGAGUUCUACUAGGACAUUUUUUAGUGUGUUUGUUAGCAAAUCCAUCGUUUCUGCGAUACAGUACAUUUUUGUGUCGUCUGCAUACAGAUAAGUUUCCGCAGAGCGUAGUUAGUGAUUUUGAGAGGUCGUUUGUAAAGAGCGAGAAAACGUGGGUCUGAGGACCGACCCUUGCAGCACUCCGUGAGUUACAAUGUGUGUAUCGGAGUCGCAUCCGUUGAUUCUCACGAAUUGUCUUAUUUCUGUGAGGUAGUUCUUUAACCACAGCCGGAUAUCUCUCCUGAUUCCAAGUUCGUUCAGCUUUUGUAGUAAUAUAUUGUGCGACACCGUGUCGAAAGCUUUAGUGAGAUUGACAAACAGUAUUCCCACGAAAGCUUCCUUUCUAUUGCUUCUGUCCACCUCUCUGUUAGGUGUUUUAAAAGCUGUUCUGUUGACUUUCCCUUCGGUAAGCCCAUUGCCUGUCUUCAAGUAAAUUUUGCGUAACCGCGUGAUUAAUAGAGGAUCUUAGCAUCAACAAC